GACGACUACCCGGUAUAUGUAAACUUCAAAACAAAUAAUGAGUCGGCAGUGUAGUCGUCACAUUAGCCUCCUCACCCUGCUAAUAAAUUUGGUAAUAACGGAGACAAACUGCUAAAGACAGAUGGCCGAGGGAGCGAGUGUAGGCCGGCGGGUGGAGGAACUGACCACACCGGCGUUUCUUGUGGACCUGGCCAAGGUGAAGACCAACUGUGCCAACAUGCUGGCUACCUGCAAGACCAUAGGAGUUUCUCUUAGAGCCCAGACUAAGACCCACAAGACCAUUGAGUGUGCUGUGCUGCAGACUGGCGAGAGUAAGAGUGGGCUGGUCACCUCCACGCUGGAAGAGGCUGAGUUCUACGCCCGCCACGGCUUUGAUGACAUCCUUUAUGGCUAUCCCCUCAUUCCCCACCACAUGCCUCGUGUUAUUGCACUAACUCGGCAACUGAAGAAGUUCCAUGUAAUGGUUGACUCACAGCUGGCAGUAGACACACUAAAGGACACACCCACACCUGGCAAGCCCUGGUCAGUCUUCCUCAAGGUUGACUGUGGCAAUAAACGAGCUGGAGUGUGGUGGGAGGAUGAAGCAGGGGUGGACAUGGCAUUACAACUCCACAACGCUCCUAAUAUCACCUUUGUUGGUGUCUAUGUCCACUGUGGCAAUACCUAUGGUGCCAGUGAGCCCAAAGAAGUCCUGCAGAUCCAAGAAGACACUUUAGAGCGUUUGCUGAAGUUUGUCGAUCGCCUGAAGCAGCGAGGUGUGACAUGUACCACAGUGGGUACUGGAUCCACACCCUCCUGUAGACAACCAAGUGAUAACAUGAAGAACCUAACAGAGAUACAUCCUGGCAAUUAUACCUUCCUUGAUGUGCAGCAGUGGAGUCUUGGGUCAUGCAGCCAGGAGGACAUCGCCUGCUGUGUUGCCACCCGUGUCAUUGGUCACUACCCACACAGGAAUCAGAUGCUGAUAGACUGUGGGUUCGUAGGUCUCACCAAGCAAGGCUAUGGUCAUAUGGACACAGGCUACGGUGUCUUCCGUGGCCACCCUAACCUUAAAUUAUGUGCGAUGACUCAAGACAUUGGUUUCGUAGAGCCUCUGGAGGGGCAGCUGGACUAUGAGCAAUACCCCAUUGGCUCUCUGCUCUACAUCCUUCCCUGGCAUUCGUGUGCUACAGCUGCCUUGUACCCCGUAUAUCAUGUGGUGGAGGGCGAUACUGUGCUGGCUGAGUGGCGACCUACACGUGGCUGGUGAACAUGUGUACGUUACUCACCUACAUCUUAAGAUCGACAUAUGUUGGUGACAAAGGCCUCGGAACAAUGUAUGGCUGGUGAAAACUUGGUGAUGUUGAAUGUUUCUCAGGUUCACUUGUGAUUUUAGUGGAAAUUAUGUGGUUAAUGAUAUGUAUGACUAAAUAUUUUUAUUUCAUCAUAUAAUCCUAAUUAAGAAAUACAUGAACAUUUUUUUAAUGCAGUACUUAGGUGGUGACACAGACAAGACCCAAACCAUUCAUUUGCUUGACCUUAAUAAACACACGGCUAAAUAUGAGGCAGCCACAUUUAGCAGCAAGUUCUAACAUAACCUAAUGCAACCAACAUCAUGAUAGUUAUUUAUUUAGCCACAGAUGAUGCAGCUUAUUCCUUUAUUUAAAGGUGAUGACUUUAAAAGAAAUCUCUUGACAUAAGUGUAUUUUUCAAGUUUUAUUUCUUUAUAAUUACCAGUAUACCAUAUUCACUGAGUGCAUGCUAAAGCUUUUCACCUCUGUAUCAGACAAUGGGUUUCUUCUCUUUCUCUUUUCUCUGUAAUGGCAUCCAGUCCAUCAACUCACCCCACCUCCCUACUCUUUUCAACCCGUCACAACUCACGUCAUUCCUUAUCAUGCUACCACUUUCCAGGUGAAUUCUCUCUUUGAAACUCAUCAUCAUUUAUCCUCCUCGCUCCCCACUUGUCUUGAUUAUACCACAGAAUUUAUUUUACUCGCAUCUUUCUAUCAACAAUCUUCUUACCACACAACAAAUGUCAUCUAUCUUAUCCAUGGUGUGAUUGGCAAGAUUGGUAAGUCACUACAUUGCAAGUACUGUAUUGUACCAUUCUUUACAGGGCAUUGUUUUAUAUAUUUCUAUGUAAAAAAAAUACCAAUAUAUAAUAUUUUAUUAUUAUUGUUUUUGGGUGUGUUGUUAAUUACAGUAUAUUGUUAAAUGUGUGUGUAUGUUUAUAGUGUUCUCAGAUUACUUACAGUGCCAGCAUUGCUCCAUACAGCACCAGUAUUGCUCCAGUGGACUGUAUGAAUUAAAAGAUUGGGCCUAAUAAAUAUAAUUGAGA